UUAUAUUUACUUAAUAUGUACUCCAUAUAUCACAAUUGAGUAAACGAGUGAAGCCAAAUCUAUUAUGAAUAUGAUAUUUAUUGAAUAUCACGUAUAAAAUACUGCGACGUACCUAUAGAUGAACCAUUAAGUACAUUCAAGUACAACGAACAAAAAAAUAGUCCAAAAUACCUAUAGGAACAAUACUAAAUGACGAUGAUGUAUUUAUUUACAUUUUGCCAUUCAGACUAGUAGUAAACCCAACUCGUUCAACUAUGAACUCUUAGUUUAGCUAGUACAGGCGACGAAACACUAACAAAAUUGGAAAACAUCUUCUUUUAAAAAUUUCUUUAAUUCGGACAGUAUUUAAACAAUUAAAAUUAAUUUUUAUCCGAGUUUUGAUCAAAAUUAAAUUUGGUGCCGUUAUUUAUACAGAAAAAAAAAUUGUGUUUGUCUCGUAAUUUGAAUCUUCAGUGUUUUUAGAGGUCAACGAUAUCAAAUGAAAAUAAUAAUAAAAGAAAAGAAAUGAAAAUAUAAAAUUUGGAGAAAUUUGUGAAUUAUUUACAGUUAUACAAUAAAUUACGCAUUAUAAGAAACGAUAAAGUGCGUAAAACAAAAAUGGCAAUAUUGAAAAGAUAAAAAAAAUCGUAAAAAGAAGAUGAUUGACUUAUACUUAUAUUUGAAGAACAAAAGAAAACAGUUGUAAUGUGCGGAACACAUCUACAAAUAGCUGUUUUUUUAGUUUUUGUCUUGCAACAGUUUACUUGUCAAAUAAUAACGAAUGAUGGAGUAAUCAUCCAAAGUAACAGAAAAACGGCCAAUACGUGUAUCACCAAUGCAAAUUGUACGUCAAAUGCGUUUUGUGAAUUUGGACAAUGUAUUUGUCAAGAAGGUUUUUUCAUUGUUGAAGAAAAUAGAUUAAAAACAUGCCACAAAGUUGCCACAAAAAUCGGAGAGCCAUGCGUUCAUCGCGAAGCUUGUCAAAUAUCGUUUGGAACGGAAGCUGAUUGCAUAAAUAGCACAUGCAGGUGCAAACCAAAUAGUCAUUUCGAUGGAGGUACUUGUUACAAAAAUGCAUUGAUUGGCGAAUACUGCAAAGUAUCCUCCAACUGUCUUGGCAAUGACACUGUUUGUCGUUCCGGAAGGUGUCAAUGUCCUUUUUCAAGUCAUACAAAUGCAAACCGGACUUCUUGUCACAAAACAACGUAUUUGGGAGAGCCGUGCUCGAUGAACGAAGAAUGCAUUACGGAAAAUUCGAUGUGCUUUGAAACUUGUAUUUGCCGCGCGGGAUACAUUAUGAAUUUGGAGAAAAACGGGUGUCUUAAAAUUGCGUCUAAAUUAUACGAUAGCUGUAAUAUUGAUGACCAAUGCCUUACAACAAUUGGAUGUUCAAAAUGUGACGAAAAUAAUACUUGUGUUUGUGCAAAAGGGUAUCAUGAUGUGAAUUAUAAAUGCGUUUCAUCGACAUUGCUUGGAUUUCGAUGUGAUCGUUCGGAAAAUUGUAUAACGCCCAACGCGGAAUGCAAAUUUGGUAUUUGUGCUUGCAAAGAAGGUUUCAAAAAAUUCCAUGGACAGUGUUCAUCCUCACCAAAUAAAAAUAUGCAAUUUUUGUAUAUUUUACUAUUAGUUCCGAUUAGAUUUUACUUAGAGUCUUUUUAUACUUAAAACAUGUACCAGUAAUUUUUAUAUUUGAUUUUAGAUGCCGACUAACCAAAUAUUUCGUAUACAAACAGUGCAUUAAAUAUUUUAGAUUUAAGUUAUUUAUUUAUUGUAAAAAAAUGAUUUUAUUUUUGAAUUUUUAAUUGAAUUUUUUUUUAAAUUUUAGAGUCAAAUAAGAGAAAUAAACGCAAAAA